AACUUCCUUGGCAUUGGACAAAGUGCUUCCAUAGAGAUUAUCUUAAACAAUCUUGCGAACCGAAAAUUAAUAGAGGUGAAAUCAGAUCAGCAAGCACCGUUUCUUCUGCCCGUGUUCUACAAUGGGGAAAGUAUUUCCGGAAAAGUGACAAUCUCCUUAAAGAGGGGCUGCAAACUUGAAUACCAAGGCAUUAAGAUUGAAUUGAUUGGACACAUUGACUUCUUUUCUGAUCGAGGUAGUCGUGAUGAAUUUCUCAAUCGGACACAAGAUUUGGCCCGCCCUGGAAUACUUUCUCAGUCAUCAACAACCUACCCAUUCUGUUUUGACGAUGUUGAAAUGCCUUUCGAGUCUUACUCUGGUUCCAACGUCCAACUGAGAUAUUUUUUGCGAGUCACUGUUCUGAAGAGGUUCAUGGAUUUGACGAAAGAGCAUGACAUCAUCGUGCAUUCCUUUUGUAAACCCCAACAACCAGACACGAACAUUCAAGUGGAGGUCGGUAUCGAGGACAGUCUUCACAUUGAAUUUGAAUAUAACAAAUCUUGUUAUCACCUUGAGGACGUGAUUGUGGGCAAGAUCUACUUCCUCUUGGUUCGGGUGAAGAUCAAGUACAUGGAAGUGCAGAUUUUGCGCCGAGAGUCGACUGGUAUGGGGGCAGUAAACACCUUCACGGACAUGGAAACACUGGCCAAGUUCGAAAUUAUGGACGGGGCACCCGUGCGAGGCGAGUGCAUUCCCAUCCGGCUCUUCCUCGGCGCCUACGACCUCACGCCCACCAUGAAAGACGUCAACCGCAAGUUCUCUGUUAGGUACUACCUCAACCUUGUACUGUUGGAUGAAGAGGAGCGGAGGUAUUACAAACAGCACGAGAUCUUUCUUUUCCGACGACCAGACAAGCGUUUUGAGACCCUGAUGUUGAGUCAGCAGGCGUUGGCCCAAAAACCACACUCGCAGCCUCUUUCCCCCUCGCCAGUCGCCUCUCAAGGCUCGCCCUCCCCCCCUCUUUCCCCCUCUGGCGAAGAAAACGGACGAGAUGAUGCGGUUGUUACGGUACCACAAGAUGACGCGAACGGUGUUCAAGAUCGACCAACAUCGGAAGGCCAGGUUGUCGUGUCAGAUGGUUCAAAAGGGCCAGAGGAAGAACAACGAGAUGGUAUCAAAGACCCGGUUGUACCCGUUUUGGAGUGUAAAAAUGGUGGUGGCGACGAAUACGCUGAUAAUGACGUUUUCCUCAACAUCCCGGAUGAUGACGAUGCUUGCAGCAACGACGAUGGUCUUUCCCGCGCUCAACGGAGUUUUGCCCGCUACGAAUCAUCCCGUGACGAAAUGGUUUCUACAGCCAAACUAACGCCCCCCGAAUCCCCUGUUCCAGUCUCUUAA